CAGUUCUCCUUAAAGAAGUUAGGGGUAAACAAUAUCUCUGGUAUUGAAGAGGUGAAUAUGUUUACAAACCAAGGAACAGUGAUCCACUUUAACAACCCUAAAGUUCAGGCAUCUCUGGCAGCAAACACUUUCACCAUUACAGGCCAUGCUGAGACAAAGCAGCUGACAGAAAUGCUACCCAGCAUCUUAAACCAGCUCGGUGCAGACAGUCUGACUAGCUUGAGGAGGCUGGCUGAAGCUCUGCCUAAACAAUCUGUGGAUGGAAAAGCACCACUUGCUACUGGAGAGGAUGAUGAUGAUGAAGUUCCAGAUCUUGUGGAGAAUUUUGAUGAGGCUUCCAAGAAUGAGGCAAACUGAAUUGAGUCAACUUCUGAAGAUGAAACUUGAAGAAGUUCCUGGGAGCUGCUAUUUUAUAUUAUGACAGCUUUUUAAAAUUGUUUUUGUUUAUGGAUCUAAUAAAAUCUAGAUCUCU